AUGCUAUUCAGACAGAUUGCCCGUGUUGCGCGCAAAUCGCCGGUGUCGCGGCUUUCGCUGGGUACUAUGCUUGCUUCAAGCAGCAAGCAGUCAAGUAUACCGCAGCCUGCACAUCGUGCUGCGCAUGUGGGGCUUUCGCAGCUCCGUACACGCCCUUUUCACACCGGGCGCGUUUUGCGGGAAGAGGCCGAGCACACCAACGAAGAAGAAACGAUGGAAGACGAGCGUGUUGUGGAUGAAGUGGACGUGCUCAUUGUGGGUGGAGGACCUGCCGGUCUGAGUGCCGCCAUUCGCAUCAAGCAGCUUGCCGAAGAAAAAGGCGAAGAGAUCCGCGUCGUCCUCCUCGAGAAGGGCGCAGAGAUUGGCAACCAUAUUCUUUCUGGCGCAGUCAUCCAGCCUGAUGCAUUGAAUGAGCUUAUUCCCGACUGGAAAGAAAAAGGCGCACCGCUUAAUCAGGAAGCGCUCCAGGACAAGAUGGUGUUUUUAACCGAAUCUGGCGCCAUUCCCAUGCCACACCCUCCCCAAAUGUCUAACCACGGCAACUAUAUUGUGUCGCUGUCGCGUGUCGCUGCUUGGCUUGGCGAGCAGGCAGAGGAGCUUGGCGUAGAAAUCUACCCUGGUUUUGCCGGUGCUGAGAUCCUCUGGGAGCAAGAAGCAGAUGGAACCAAGACUGGUAUAAGGGGUGUGAUGACCAACGAAAUUGGUCUUAACAAGGAGCGGAAGCCAAAAGAUAAUUAUGAGUCAGGUAUGGAGUUCCGCGCGCCCAUCACGCUUUUUGCCGAAGGUGCACAUGGGUCCUUAUCGCAGCAACUCAUUCGCGAGCUCAAACUUCGCGAGCAGGUAGGUGCCGACCCGCAAACAUACGGCAUCGGUGUCAAAGAGGUGUGGCGUGUGAAGGACGACAAUUACGAGCCGGGUCUGGUGGCGCACACAAUGGGCUUCCCUUUGAGCUUGGAUACUUACGGUGGAUCCUUUAUGUACCAUAUGGACGACAACCUAGUGUCGAUUGGCCUUGUUGUUGGCCUCGACUAUCAGAACCCGUACCUGAGCCCAUUCCAAGAAUUUCAGCGCAUGAAGCACCACCCCUUUUUCGCCAAGGUGCUGGAAGGUGGCACCUGCGAGGAGUACGGCGCGCGUGCGUUGAAUGAAGGUGGCUACCAGUCUAUUCCCAAACUCCACUUUCCUGGGGGUGCACUCAUUGGUUGCUCGGCAGGGUUCUUGAACGUGCCAAAGAUCAAGGGCACCCACAAUGCGAUGAAGAGUGGUAUGACCGCUGCAGAGGCCGCCGUGGAGGCACUUGGCAAGCGCAGUGAAGAGACACUGUACGAGCCCAUCGACAUUGCCGAGUACAAGAACAAGCUGGACCAGAGCUGGGUUAUUCCCGAGUUAUACGAAGUGCGCAACGUCCGUCCGAGCUUCCAUAACCCACUCGGUUUCUUUGGCGGUAUCAUGUAUUCUGGCUUGGAAACGAUGAUACUCAAGGGACGCGCUCCUUGGACAUUCCACCACGAAAAAGAGGACUUUGAGUACACCAAGCCCGCGUCUUUCUUCAAGCCUAUUGAAUAUCCCAAGCCCGAUGGCAAACUCUCGUUCGAUAUUCUUACUUCAGUUUCCCGCACGGGUACCAACCACACGGAGGACCAGCCUGUUCAUUUGGUUGUGAACAACGGUGAUUACUCCGCCCACGUCGACCGCAACGUGGGCACGUUUGACGGCCCUCUUGGCCGGGUCUGCCCUGCGGCCGUGUACGAAUAUGUGAAUAAAGAAGAUGCGAACGGGAAGGAGGACGCGCGUGGUAAGAAACUGGUUAUCAACAGCCAGAACUGUAUUCAUUGCAAGACCUGCUCUAUUAAAACGCCCGACCAAUCCAUCACAUGGACCGUGCCGGAAGGCGGCGGUGGUCCCAAGUACUCUCUUACAUAA